GAGAAUACUAAAUUCAAAAGGGAAUUUCACUUCCGUCACUUCGCAGUGCCUCUAGAAGCUUCCUUCUUCGAAUACAAUUGCGACGGUGACACCGUCAAUUACCUCGUCGAAAGUGGCUUCAGUGAGUCUCCCUUCUCAAUCGGAACACGUUCUCUUUAUGCUUGGAUUCGCGUAAAUAUGAGUUUUAGAUUUCGCUCUCUUGAAGGCGUACUUUCGAUCUAUUUGGUAGACGUAUAUGUAUAUUUGUGUUCGUGUUGCAAUCGAUUUCAAUGGAUCUAUCUGCUCAUUUUCUAUCGCCUGUUGCGUUGUUUCAGCAGAUUUCAAUGGCCUUCUUGGAGCGAGUUAAAGAAGACUUCAACAAGAGAUAUAGUGGUGGAAAGGAAAGAUGACCACUACUUAACUCAACAGCUUGAACAAAGAAUUUGGGCUCUUGACCGUGGUGAGAAAAUUGAGCUUCUAGUGGACAAAAUCCGAGAACCUUUGUUCACAGGCACAAGAUUUCAGAGCGCCAGGAACGAAAAUGACAGAAAGAUGUGGUUUCAGAACAUGAAGAUUAAGCUCAUAGUCCUUGGUAUCAUCAUCGCAUUAAUUCUCAUCAUCCUCCUCUCGGUUUGUCGUGGCUUCAACUGUGCUUAAAACUUGAAAGCAGGAGAAUACGUUUAGGGGAACUCUGCCGGGAUAAAGAAAUAUGGUGAAUUAGUACUGAAAUAUGAUCGUAGACAAAGUAACUUUGCCUUACACUCAGGCUGUCUAAUGUAACCAAUGGUAAGUAUGUCUACCUUGGACCAGAGUAGUUAUAAUAAAAAGUACGCAGCUCGGUGUCUUGAAGAAAUGGAAGGAUUUGUUGGUUGA